AUGGCAACACAUUCAGCUGUCGGCCCCUUCCUCGUGGUUGUGAGCAUGAUUCUCAUGGCCACCACCUCUCGAGCUUUCCUCAAUUUUAGUGAGUUCCAAAACAACGUUCAACCCAAAGCUCCGGUGGCCGAAAUAGGCUCCCCUUCUUUCACCUUCAACUGCACUGUGAACAGAAGCGACCUCACGGCGAAGGACAUCGUCUGGAAGCACUACAGCGAGGAGCUUCCUCGGGAAUGGUACAACAUCGUUAGCACGACCCUGAUCCAGCUGGUCAUCCCCAACAUCACGGAGAGCUCGCAGGGAAACUACGAGUGUCGCUCACGGUUGGACGACAGGCACAUUGGGGGGGAGAGGCUUGAAGUCGGUUGGGCCCUCAACUUUGACAUAUUCCCCACAAUGCAUCACACUGCACCUGUGACCUGGCUUAUCGCCACUAAUGACCUGAUGACCUUUCUAGAUCCUCCCGAUCAGCCCACGUUCGAGCGCUGUCUGUCGGACAAUCUCGGACCCUUCACGUGUUGGUGGAACCGCGGGCGCGACCCCAUACUCAAAACAACCUACAACCUGACUUACACCUUCAAAGUGGGAAAAGAGGCCAAGGUGUGUCCAUACUUACAAGUUGAACAAAACAAGUUGAUCUGCCACUGGGACCUGUCUCAACCGGUUAUGUAUGGGAACUAUCACAGAAUAGUUGUGACGGCAGAAAAUAGCCUCAGCAAAGCUACGUCAGUGCCCAAGUUUCUCGACCCGGACGAAUAUGUGAAACCUAGGAGUGUUCGGGAUGUGGUAACCUCCAAUGUUGGGGCAGAUGCACUGACUGUCAGCUGGCAGGAGCCAGAGGGCCUGGAAUCUUCUCACUUCACUUUGUUCUACCAAGAGAAGAAUGCGAGCAGAGACAAGUCUCUGGAACUGCGGGACUUGAACCCCUACACAGAUUACACUAUCUGUGUGCGCUCCCAUCCUUUGGAGUAUCAAACUUCGGAUAAGUUCAACGGCUUCUGGAGUGACUGUGCUCCCAACUACACUGUCAAGACCCAGGAAGCAGCUCCCUCUGGACAAGUAGAGGCUUGGCUGCUUGUUUCAAGGGACAGUGGAGACCAAAGAAAUGUCAAGGUCUUGUGGAAGCCUUUACCACCUUGGGACCGCCAUAGUGAGGCAAUAGACUAUGUCGUCACUUACUUGCCGCGGUCAGAAGAUGGAAUGAUGGUACCUUCCGAGAGGAAGACGUACGUUUUCAACAACCAGACGACGGACAGUGGGGAGACUCUGCCAAGCGAUCUGUUCCAGGACGACAGAACAUACGUAAUCCGUAUUUCAGCCAACAACACUUUGGGAAGUACUUCUCGUGUAACAGCAAUGACUGUACCAAACUCCAAGUGCUCCAACAGAUCUGAGCUCUGUGGUCCUGGACGACGAUACAAUUCAGUUGUCAUGGCAACCAAUGUCCCAAACCGCAACGGAACUCAAUUGGGCGGCUAUAUCGUUUUCUGGGCGGGAGUGGAUGAAGUACUUCAGCUGUACCAGUGGGUGGAGAAGGGCUGGGCUCACAUCAAUAGCUCGCAGUCAACAGUUGACGUGACAGGACUACGUGUAACCAAACCAACCAGGUUCGAGUUCGGAGUGUUGGUUAAAACGGCGGGCGGAUUCGGGACACCGGUGUACAUCAGCAAUUACACUAAAACAGAUGUACCCCAAGGAUCCGUGGAGGAUGUGGAGGUAAACCCUACAGGACCCAACAUCCUGAAUGUAUCAUGGAAACCCCACGCUCUUCAGUGGCGAAACGGCCUACUACAAGGGUACAAGAUCCGCUACUGCCAGGUGUCCAGCUGUGAUGAUCAACCCCCUUGCUCAGAAGCUAGUGAGGUCAACGCCCUGGGGGAAGAUACCAUUUCCCACCAGCUGGAGGGGUUGAUGCCCUACACCUGGUACCGUGUCCAAGUGGAAGCAUUUAACACCAAGGGUAGCAGUGAUCUUAGUGAUCCACAGUGUAAGCAGACAGAGCAAUCAGCUCCUUCGGAUGCUCCUACAAACUUGACCUUUGUGAUUGCACAAGCUGAUCUGGUCAACCUCAGCUGGGUCCCUCCGGUCACCCCCAAUGGAGUCAUCACUAAGUACAACGCUAAGAUCAACGGAGAAUUAAAAGAGUUGAAUGUCGCUGAGCCCCCAGUGACCCUGACUGUCUUCGGCGACUCAAGCUACAACAUCAGUGUUCAGGCCUGUACGAUAUCGGAGUGUGGACCUCUCAGUGCACCCGUCAGCUUUAAGACCCCCAUUGGAGCCCCUGGUCCCCCUCCCAUUCCUACAAAGCAGAGUGCAAGAGACUCGUCCAUCGUGCUAGAGCUGUCUGCCCCCAACCAUGCCAAUGGUCCCGUGUACCAGUAUGUGGUUUUCUACCAACCCCAAAACUCCACUGUUGGGCCUCUGAACAUAACAGUACCUGCAGAUGCACAAACUGCGGAGGUGACGAUUGAGAACUGCGACGGGCCUGUGACGUACAACUUCUGGGUACGGGCCGUGAACAUGGACGCUAACGGGAAGCGUCUGGUCGGAGAGAUGAGCCCGGUGUUAGAGCAGGAGAUGUGUGGUGCAGUCCCUGCAACAGGACCUUCUGUCUCAGUAACAGUGAUUGUCAUCGUGGCAGCCUUGGUGGUGACACUGUUGUUUGUCGGAAUUCUUUUCAAGAAGAACAAGGACAGCCUGAAGAAAAAGCUGUUCCCCUAUGUGCCUGGGCCUGUACUGCCGUAUUACGAUGUGGAUGAGGAUAUGAUGGACCCGUACAAUGCAUACGCCCAGCUGAACUUCCCUACCAUUAACUAUUGCUACAACAAUGAGAAGGAACAAGUCGACAACAUUGCUGACUUCUUGAACAGAGGGUCGGAGAGGGUCCAGUUGGUCCAGAGUGAUGCCAACAUGAACUCGACUAUGCCCAUCACCGAUACAGUCGACAAGACGGAAGAAAAGCCUGUUGAUCAGAACUCGGCCGAUGAUCGCCGCUCCAGUGGCUACAGCACGGACCCUGCUGUUGGUGAGGCGGAGCCUGCCGACAACAGCCAGCCCAAGGGACUGGACCCACAGGCUCUCCAGGCACAGGUUAGCAAGGAGUCGGGUGGCUCCAUUGCUCCUUACACCAAACUGGGAGAGAAUGAGGAAAAACCUGUGGUUGGUCAGCCAAGUGUCAGCCCUGAGGGUAUUGAACUGGUAGAGAUGGGAGCCGCUGCAGCUGAUGAUCCUCCUGCUAGAUCACCAGAGUCCCCAAUCCAAGACGUUGCUGAUUACCUGAAAACGGCAGACGGGAUCAUGGACUAUGUUCGCAUGGGAGCCGGAGAAGACUACAACGUGAAGAGUGGUGUCGACACUCCAGACUACCUCCAGACCUACACUCUCCGCAAUGAUAUGGCAAAACCAGCCCAGGGAAAGGUCAAACCGAUGGAUGGGUACGUCCGGGCGGCGACGGGAAAGCCAGGCCAGUUCGUCGAGCCGGACUAUCAAACACGGUACAGUCUGGAAUCACUGCCGGUGACGUCAGGAUCGUCCGGAUACACGGCUGAUGAGAGCAACCCGAGCACCACCGUGGAAGAGCCGUCCUCUCCAGAGAGCCAACUGAAGAACUACAUCAGCAAAUCCAUGCCCAACAUCCUGCAGGGGUUCCCGUUCGCCCCGGCAACGGUCGCCGGGAUUUCCACGCUGACACCCGGCAAAGAAGCUCCAAAUCAUGCUGCUGAAAAUACCACGUACAUCAGAACAACGGGCGAGAUAAAUGUGUGAUGUCAAAAUGUGAAAAAAAUUCUUUUCCUUGUCAGAGGAAGUUGUCCUAAAAUUUCUAAAGCUUUAAUCGUAGUUGUGCAUGUGCAUUCUUUCAGAUGCAUUCCAGAGUUGUAUAUGGAUAUUUUGUAUCAAUUUAGAUCUAAUUGAAAGUUGUAUAUUACACGGAUUUCCAGAUGGGAAUUAGAUGUUUAGGGUCAGAAACUGGAUUUAUAAAAAAAAUUAUGAAAACUAUUUAACAAGGCACUUAACUGAUAAUCAGGAAAGAGAAAAACAAAGUGAUUGAAAUUUGUUCAUUCAUUUAGGCAGAAGUUACCAGAUCUCAAAAAUGUUACCAUAAAAGGGUUUAGCAUAUUUUUGCCUAAAAUAGUUACAUAGUUAUUCUCUUUGGAUGAGCAUUUGUUAUGUUGCAUAACACUGGAUUAUCAAUAAGCAGUUAAUGUACCAAAUGUUGCUUUGGUUAGACCAACAAAAACUUUUGUUUCUUGAGUGUUUUUUUUAUAGCUAGUCAAGGAGUUAGAAGUCUUGCAUGUUCUUUAUAUUUGUAGGCAUGGCAAAAGAUUCAGGGAUGGAUGCAUAUGGAAUAAGUAGCUUAUGAUUAUAUAGCCCUGGACUUACUACAAGUACUUACAUGUACAUGGACUUAAAUCUCUCUAGCAUUGACAGUGAUUGUGUUUUACUUUGUCUUCAUCAUCUAUCUUACAUGUCUCACUUAAAAGAGUUGGAGACUGAACAAAGUUUAAUCUCCAGUAUUCCUUUAUAUGACAUGUCUUGUUGACCAGGCCCUUUAAACGUAAUAUAAGUAUGUUUUCUCUUACUAUUGUUUGUUUUCAGAGAAAAAGAAUCGUUUCUUUACAACAGGGUAAAGAUCAAUGCAGGGGAGUUUUUCCACCCACCCCCUCCCAACUGAGAUUAUACAUGUAUGUGAGAGAUGGUCAAACCAUAACAAUUACUAUAAUCAUGAAAUGUGGCCUAAGUCAGAACCGAUUUUCAUUCAGUUAAAAGUUGUCACGUUCUAAUGAGAUAUGUUGUAGUUUGUUAUGUUAGCACAUGUAUGUACUAAGUAGCUGCUUCUCAGUGACAUUGUAACGUUACAUGCAUACUUCAGUAAGGAAUUGUUAUGGAAAUCUGACACAGUAAACCAUAAUUGUGUACUGAUGUGUAAAGAAAUUAGCUAUUCAAUGGUGACUGAAUGUGAGAUGUAUCAGAUAGAAUAUGUGUAUUAUAAACUAAGAUGUUGCACUGUAACAGUGUAAGCUUAGAGGGAUCAUGGAUGUGUCAGCACACUUUGUUGGAAAUGUCUGCUGAAUUUCUAUAAAAUGUAUAUAUAGGGCAAUUGUUAUAAUGGGAACAGAUUUAAACAGGAAGUCUUUUAACACACAGUACUAGUGCCACUUCUUUUAGCCCCAAUGAUAAAAUACAUCUGCAAUACACAAUAAACAAUACACAGUCUUCUUGCAAGAAGUAGCAGUCUUUUGUUAUAUGCAAAUGUCAGGUUUUUGCAUAGACAGGUAGUCAGAAACAAUGUUUUUUAAGGCCUUAGAUAUGGUAAAUCGUUGCAUUCAUCAUACAUUAAAUGUAGGUUUAAUCGGAGCCAUUUUGAAGGCACUAUGCUAAAAAUGAAUUUUACCCUUCUAAAGUACAAAAGAUACAGUCCAAUGUUUGUGUUUGUGUGUUUUU